AAACAUUGUCGGACAUAAGGAAGUAAGCAGAGAAAAUACAAAGCAUUGAAGGAUAGAGGGAGAAACCGUUUCACGCGGAGGCAGAUAACACAUGAUUUAGUUAGUAGCACCACAUUAGAUUAAGGGUAACAUUAGAAGAGGAACAUAAAGGCCACUUCAGUAGCCACAGAGUGCAUCAGAUAUGUACUUUUUAGCUCAAAUAGUGGCUAGCUAGUUGCUAACAUUACUGCAACUGUAACACCACAUAGCAAACAUGUCAUGUAAAAUGUUCCUCGUCUUUUUCCAUGGCAGUCAUUUAGCUUCAUCUUACUUUAAAGGAAGGAAGCAACAAUGUAGUCAGUAAUGUUAAAGGGACAUCAUGCAGAAAAAUCCUCGGAUCAGUAUUGGACUAACUUAGCAGGAAGCUGUUAGCUAGAUAGUGUUUUAAACUGUCUCUUCAAUGGAGAGAAGCAGCGAGGAAGAGGCACCUACUGAUGAAGAGGAUGGAGACCAGGCCACCUGUUUGAUUAGGACACCAGGCAGGUCGGAGGAUGAAGAGGUGAAAGUGACACCUGCAUGCAAGCCAUUCACAGGUGGAGUACCAGAGCCUUCAAUGGACAUUUUGGCUUUAAGGCUCUGUAGAGAACUUGUGCACCAGGAUCCAGAGAAAUCAGAGACUGGACCAACAAGUGGUGUGAUGUCUGAGAGUCAGACAGAAGUAGUUGAGCCAGAGAGGGAUGCUCCAUCUGUGUCUUCCUCAAGCCUUGUGGAGACCUGUAGUCCAUCUCCAUCAAGCCUCUCCUCUUACUUCUCCUCAACACAUCACCAUCUAGAUCUCUCUUCAUCCUCAUCUUCCUCUUCCUCUGUGUUGUCCCUGACUCCACCCCUGCCUCCCUCGGUGGAGCUGUCAGCCCUGUUGACUGACACAAAGCUGACCCUAGAUGUGUACCAGGGAGGAGCGGCUGCACUGCCUUUGCUCUGGGGGUCCGUCCCGGGGCAGCUGAGGGGCCUCCAGUACCUGAGACUGGGCUCUGAGGACCAACCAGCUGUGGAUGCUGCCCUGGAGGUCCUGCCCCAUCUGACAGAGCUCCGAUCAUUGGCUGUUCGGGGACACUGUUUUUACGACUCGCAUGGUGACCCGCUGCCUGGCCUCCUCACCACCUUGCCGACAUCUGUUUCCUCCCUCUCUGAUCUGGUGCACCUGGAUCUCUCCUUCAACCGGCUCUCCUGUCUGCCAUCCUGCCUUCUGAGCCUGCCCGUGUUGUCCUCUUUGCUCCUCUGUAACAACCGCCUCUCAGCUUUGCCUCCCGAUAUAGGCCAGCUGUCCUCGCUCACCUACCUCUCCCUCCUGGGGAAUGAGCUGGUCUCUCUUCCCCAGAGUCUGGGUCAGCUGCAAGCACUACAGACACUGGAUAUUUCACAUAACCUCCUUCAGCAGUUACCUGAUGAAAUUGGUUCUCUGGAGGGGCUUGUUAAGCUGGAAUUGUCUCACAACAAACUGAAGCAGCUGCCAGAGAGCAUGGGCUCCCUUCUUGCUCUCCGGGAGCUUGUCAUCUACAGCAAUGACAUCCGCCUGAUCCCACAUUGUCUGAACAAACUGCCUCUGCUGAAAAUCGAUGUGCGUGACAAUCCUUUGGGACGACCCCCAACCCCUCCCCCUCUCCCUCCUGUACCUAAUCAAGCAGAAACAAAAGUCCAAGAGUUGCACCUCGGAUUUAAUCAGCACAGUUUCUGUGUUUCGUCUGCUGGGUGUCAUGUGUUUCUCCCCGGGGGGGCUGAGCUCCUGUUCCCCCCGGGGUGCCUGGUGACAACCACAAGACUGAAGUGGGUUGAGAAAAGGCCAGAAAGGAAGUGGGUGAGGCUGGAGGAGCAUGACACCUUGCUGAGUCAUCCACUGGAACUCAGUCCUCAUGGAAUUACAUUUCUAAAGCCUGUAGAGGUGUGUGUGCCCUAUCAUCGGACCAAAAGACGGGAGGUGGUGGUACAGAAGUUUGACGGAAAGUCAUGGAGCACUCUGCCCACUGUUCUGCGGAGAGGAAGCGAGGGACACAGCAGUCACCCUGAUGGGCGACCAGCCAGGCUGGCCUGCUGCUCAGUGAGCCAGUUCUCCUGGUUCAUGGCAGUGUCCCGUCCAGUAAAGGACAGUUGCUCUGUUACACCAGCUGGAGCCCUGCUGGUAUCCAGCGCUGACCCUGGAGUUAAGCUCCAGUUCCCCCCCGACUCCACCCUGCAGACGCGCUCUAUAACCCUACAGGUGUUGCAGGUGUCUGUGUCGGAGGUGCAGGCACUGUGUGGAGACCCUCAGGCCAGAGUCAGCCCUCUCCUCUGCCUCUCACAGACUCCCAGCAUAGAUUUCCUGCAGCCAAUCAAAGUUCAGAUCCCUCUGCCACCUGGAGUCACAGGUCAUACAGUCGACACCUCUUGUUUGCAUCUGCUACACGGAGACCCCACCGCCCAAACCUGGACUGACAUCACAUCUCAAGUGUCUCUUGACGUCACACACUUGUAUGCCAUUUUCUACAUCACACAUUUCUCCUGGUACUGGCUGUGGUACACCACUCAGCGCUGUGUCGGUGGCGUGGUCAGGAAGGUCUAUCAGAGGCUGAAACAGUUUAAAGUCCAGUUCCUCGUCCUGCAGAGGAAGACUGAUCCUUCUCAAGUGAUGCUGCAGUGUUUACCUUCCAACAAGGUGGAAUGCAGAGUGCAGUCUCUGUCGGAGCGAUAUGACGGACCUCAGCCUUCGGACCUGUGUGACCUGCUGGAAGGAGAGCAGUUCUUCGCCGGCUUUGAGAAGGGCUUGGAUGUCAGCACAGAGAGUCCAGACUGUGUGGCGGGAAGGCUGUGUUUUGUGUUUUACUCCAGCAUGAAGAAUCUGAAGGAAGUGUACAUCUGUCCGGAUCAGGGUCAGAAGGGGCCAGUGAGGGGACAAGUGUCUUUUUAUAGAGGGGAGAUUCCCAGCAACCUGCCAGAGGAAGUGGCGAGGAAGAGGAAAGGACCUGACAGCCAGUGGCUUUCCACUUUACCACUAAGACUUCCUGCCCUCAACUCAGAAAAUAAUUUCAUCAUGGAAGAGCACCAGUAUCCCCCUCUGAACCUGGGGGACCCUGAGAGCGGCUACCUGACGGAGGCCAACCUGCUGUCCAUCUCUCUUCAGAUAGCAAAGGACUGGCGUGUUAUCGGUAUCAAUCUUGGCUUAAGCUACCAGGAGUUGGACCGCAUCCAGUUCAAGUACAGGGACAACCUGGGAGCCCUGGUGCUGGAGAUGCUGUUCCACUGGGCGAGGGGACAGAGCAGUGCAGGACCGGGAGCAGCGUCCAGGCUGGUGGCCGCUCUGAUGGAGAGCGGCAGGACAGACCUGGCCGAGGAGAUCGAGAACAUUGUCAGUAUAGGAAGGAGAAAGUACUCGGAGUCACUGAGGAGAGUGGGCCUGGAGGAAGGGAGCUCCUCCCUCGCUGAAGCACAGCAGUAGAAGCCCCCUCGCUGGGUGCAGAUGGCUGACUUACACUUGAGUAACCUGUUUGUUUACAACGUGCCCCCUUCAUCUCAUCCUGCUGUCUAAACAACUGUCCUGGAGUACAAAAAUCUAUCUUAACACAAUCAUGAUAGCCAGUUAACAGCUGGCGGCACCUUUAAGAGACCUGCAGAGGACAGAGGAAGUGGAUGGACUGCAUGAAGAUGAUGACCUGAGGCUUGUUUUUACCACUUUUUAAAACUACCUGGGUAUGCAAGACAACACUAUUUAUGAUUAUUUUCUCCAAGGAAAAUAUAAAACUAUAAUUUAAUAAUAAUAUUCAUAGUAAGAGAUACUUAGUGACAAUUCUUGACCUAUUUUCUAAUAUUUCCUAUUUUACAAAAACUGACUUGCAUCAUAAUUGUGAAUAUUUAAGUAAUCAUCUUCACCAUUCAGACUCAGUAUCUCAUAACUGACUUAGUAUCUCAUGCUGCCUCAUGAGUUUGACUCCGUGUCUUGUUAUAUUGACUUAAUCAAAUUUAUUUUGUUAAUUGGCAGAAAAGUCAAUAUUACCUGUCCAGGACAGAGUUAAGAGGCAGAGCAAACACUGGGAACUGUAUUACUGUGGAGGCCUGGACCACUUACUGAAAAUGCAAGAGGAGGCCAUUUUUACGUCAUUACAUCUCUUCCUUGUGUGCCUUUUGUCACCUAGAAACCAGCUUAGCUGAAGCACAUAUCAGUGAAUUAUCAGUACUUUAUAUUGAAACAAGUUUUGAUGUAUCUUUGAAUUUUCAUCUCGAGUAAAAAUGUUAUGUAAA